CUCCUCCCGACGCUGCCUCUAAAAGCGCUGCUGAGCUGCACAGCGGUUCCAGCCCCGGCACUGCUGUGCAGGAGGAGAGCAGGAACAGCAGAGUGCAGCAGUCAGACCUGGGGACACAGCGCAGCGCUGUUUGGCACCUCGUGUGAGUGUGAGUGCUCUCUCAAUGGCAGGAAUCCAAAGCAAAGGAUCCGAACUGAGGAUACUGCUGGUGGGCAAGACGGGGAGUGGGAAAAGUGCAACAGGGAACACCAUCCUUAGAAGAAAUUCAAUGCUAUCUGGUUCAUCAGCACAUCCAGUAACAAGAUGCUUCAAUAUAGUUGACAGUGACUUCCAUGGAAGACCAGUCGUUGUUGUCGACACUCCUGGGCUUUUUGUUACAAGAGAAGGCAAUACUAAUGUUGCUGAAAACAUUAAGAAUAGCCUUGAGGUCCUCUCUUCAGGGUUCCAUGCCAUCAUCAUGGUGAUGCGGAUCACUAAGGAAGCAGAGGAAGUGGCUGAGUGGGUGGCUGACAUUUUUGAUACUAAAGCAGAGAAAUACACAAUCCUGGUAUUCACCCAGGCAGAACAGCUGGAUGAUCCAGAAGAUCUGAAGGGAUUCAUAGAAGGGAGACCACACCUCAAGAGGCUGGCAGCAAAGUGUGGAAAUCGGUAUACUGCAUUUAGCAACAGAGACACCGGAGAGACGAGGGAUGGGCAGGCUGCAAAGCUCAUCAACAUGAUUGAUGCAAUGGCAGAGAAGAAUCGUGGAGCUCCACAUUACACACAGGAAAUGCUGGAGGAAGACAAAUGGAAAUUCCUUGAGAACUUUUGUACCAUCCUGUAGGCAGCAAAGGGUCGGUCCCAGAGAAGACAUCUCCUCUGCCGUGCCUUUCCUGCUGUCUCUAUGGGGUGAGGUGCAGCACGGUGUGUGUUGGGACUGAAGGAUCUGUCAAUAAACACUGAGCCUUGCUGUCUGGA